UUGGGCUCCCAAUGGCCGGCCAGUCUGUCUUGUUUACAAGAACUGGGUUAACGAUGGAGGCGAGAAUUCUACACAUUGUCGUCUUGUUAGGAUUUUUCACUGGAUCGCAUUUCGCAAAAGGCGAGGAUUGCGUUUGGGACAAGGAUGUGGACUAUCCCGAAUUUGCUCCUUUGAUCCUUGACUCAUCCAACGAGCUGGUCCGGCAGGUGUUGGAGGGAGACAAAAGAAUGAUCAGAAUUACGUCUGGCAGCGACCUGACAUUAGCCUGUCCAGGCACCGUGAUAUCUGCGCUGGGACUGGAAUCUACAGACGCUACUUGCCUGGGGGGAAAGCUACUUAGUAUUGAAGGGCAAGAGUGGAACAUAGUAGAACUAGGCUGCAAGAAAAAGCCCCGCGAGACAAUACACAGAAAUAUGGGAGUCUGCGGUCAGGACGAAACUGGAAUUUACGAACUGAUCGGCUUCGACAUCGCUCACACGGGAUAUUUCUAUGAAUCGGUUAGAAUCUGCUUUGAGCCGGUAAGCGAAACGACGCUGUUCACGGAAAACAUCAUACACGGAGCCAGCGUGUCUGCCAAGGACAUCGAGCCAAGCCGCCCAUCCUUUAAAACUUCCACUGGAUUUUUCACGGUCUCCAUGGCAAACGUAUAUUCUCAAGCAAGUCAGCUUGAACUUAUGAAGACUCUUUUGAAAGAUGAUGCAUUAGCAGAGUCCAUCAUCAACCCUUCUAAGGAGUUUUACUUUGCCAAAGGACACAUGUCUCCUGAUGCAGACUACGCGACAGAACCUGAGCAAGACGCCACGUACUAUUACAUCAACGCGUUACCCCAGUGGCAGGCUUUCAAUAAUGGAAAUUGGAAACACCUGGAAUACGCUGUCAGAGACCUGGCCGAGAUGCAUGGCACCGACCUGACCAUCUACAGUGGUGGUUGGGGAAUUCUCGAGCUCAAUGACGUCAAUGGGAACCCAGUGGAAAUCUACCUGGGCCUUUCCGGAGGCGAGACAGUAGUGCCUGCGCCUGCGCUGACCUGGAAGGUUGUCUACGAGAAGGAAACAAACCGAGCAGCUGCUGUUGUCGGCAUAAACAACCCUCACAUCACCGAAGCGCCUCCACAUCUAUGCGAAGACCUGUGUUCCAGCCUCACCUGGCUCGACUUCGAUUUCGGUGACCUGGGUCACGGAUACACUUACUGUUGUACUGUUGCCGAUUUGAGGGCAGCCAUCCCUAACGUCCCAGACUUAGGAGAUGUAGAUCUUCUUGACCAGUAACUGGGAUUUAAUUUUCACAGAGGGACGGUGUUAAUCAGUAUUUUGUCAAGAAGAAAACCCGGCAAUUGAACCAGAAUGUAUCCUAAUGUAGAAUUUUUUUCACAGUUCUCUUAAUUCGUUGAUAAAUUAUCUUAAUAUUCUUGACAAUAAAUAAAACUUUCAAGCGAAGAGGCAACAUAUGCUAUCACAGAAUUGAUAUUGACUUUCUAUAUUUCUGUAAACACUGCUCUCUCUUGUGAUAAAGAUAUUUCUCUCAA